UACAACCAUGAAAUAGCCACAUUGUUAUCAGAUUUUCUGUCUGUAUCGCUUGUGUGGCUUGCACUUGAUGUUGUGGCCAGUGUGUGGGGGUCCGUUACUUUCAGUUAAAUUUGGACAUGAUAUAUUUUCAUUUGGGAGACCUGGUUGUUGACAGAUAUGAACCUGACCUCCCAAUGAUUUGAAAUAAUCUCCACUUUAGUUAUUUAGGUAAUGUGCUAGCAAAUUGGUAGUUAAUAAAACGAUGCAGGAUAGAAAGCAUGAAAUUUGGGGUGGGGGAAGAGACCAUAUGUUUAAUUCGUUAUCACCCAGAAUGUAUCCUUCUAUUUUUUGUUUACCUUUAUGCAUGCUGUUUUUCUUGCCUUUCCAGUUUUCAUAACGUGCUCCUCUCGGUUAUAAAUAAAGGUCGUUAUGGUGUGCUUGAAUAACAGCAGAAGCCUGGUCGCUUGACUUGCUCAUAAAUUGGUUUUCCCGGUGCAUGCAUUGGAAAGGGCGGUGGCGCUGACAAAAAAAAAAAAAAAAAAAAAGAGACGGAAACGAUUUUUGUCGGAUGCAUUUCACAAUAGUCAGCCGCAGAUGGAAAUUGGCUGCUCCCGAAUGACCUUGAAUGAUAGAUAUGUCAGUAAAAAUGAACCCUUUCGACGAUUAGGUGUAUUUAUUCUUCAUUAGAUAAUUUUAUCAGAGCUGAAAUGAAAGCUGCAUCGUUUGAGCAAGCCCCCUCCCUCCCUUUUGCCCACACAUCAACACCACAGCACAGGGAAGAGCGGGAGGAGGAGAGAAAUCAGUCUUGCUCGGAGGGCAAACAUUUUUAUCCACAACAACGCAAACAUGGACACACAGGGAGAAAAGAAAGCGGAAUGGGCACCAGCGAGGUAGCAGGCGGCGUUCUGCACGUAGUCAUGCAGACCAUUUUCUUGCUGUCAGCGUGGCGGAAGAUACGCAUCUGAUUUUAUAAAGACAGAUUUAUUUAUUUAAUUUUUUUGGAUGCACAUACUGCCUCCCUGCGAUGGCAGCAACAGCACGUUACGGAUUAUGUGUAAUUAUUUUAAUAUAUGGUGGCUGUACGAGGGGGCAGAUUCACUACUCCAUUCCGGAGGAACUGGAGAACGGCGCACAGGUGGGUGAUAUUGCCCGUGAUUUGAGUGUGGACCUCAGGAAACUUAUCACCCGUCGCAUCCGUGUGACCCCUGAAAGUGGACGGAGAUAUUUCAACGUUAAUCACAAAAGUGGGAAGUUGGUGGUGAGUGACCGUAUAGACCGAGAGAGCCUGUGUAAAGUUGAUGGCACCUGUAUACUCAGCCUUGAGGUGAUUUUGGACCACCCCGUGGAAGUGCACAAGGUCGAGGUGGACAUUCUGGACGUUAACGAUAACGCACCGAGCUUCCCACAUUUGGAGUAUCUGCUCGAAGUGUCAGAAUCUGCUCUGACUGGAUCAAAGUUCCACAUCGAGGCCGCUCAAGAUCCAGAUGAUGGCUCCAAUUCAGUCAAGCAGUACCGCCUCAGCCCAAACCAGCAUCUAACUCUAGACUCUGUUAAGCCCUUCUCUAAUAACAAGCACAUUGAGCUUAUUCUGAAAAAGCCCUUUGACCGGGAACAGAUGCCAUCUGAUCAGCUCAUCCUGACAGCAGUGGAUGGAGGCACCCCGCAGAGAAGCGGCGCAGCCAAAAUCAACGUACGCAUUCUUGAUGCAAACGACAAUGUGCCUGCUUUUGACAGCUCGGUGUACAAAGUAAAAGUGUCUGAAAACUCCCCAAAGGGUACCCUUGUGAUUCAAUUAAAUGCCACAGACCUCGACGAGGGCUCCAAUGGGGAGGUUUUUUACUCAUUCAGCAGUUACACUCCUGAACGGGUCAGACAGAUGUUUUCCAUGGAUCCAGACACAGGGAGGAUAACAGUGAAGAGCAAUAUAGACUACGAGGAGAUGAACUCAUAUGAAAUCUACAUUCAGGCGAUGGACAAGGGCCCUGCCGCCGUGGCAGUGCACUGUAAAGUAGUGGUCGAUGUUUUAGACGUUAAUGACAACGUCCCUGAAAUUGUCCUGUCAUCUGUCUCCAUUCCUCUACGUGAGGACGCCCGCGCAGACACCAUCGUUGCUAUGAUCAGCGUUAACGACCGAGAUUCGGGACCCAAUAAGCAAGUCAUGCUGGAGCUGAUGCCUCCGACGCCCUUCAAAAUCAAAUCCUUCCGCGCCCACUAUACUGUCGUCACCUCUGCAUUCCUGGAUCGUGAAACCGUCUCGAUCUACAACAUCACCGUACGUGCCGUAGAUGGAGGAACUCCCCCUCUGUCGUCACAGUUGACCUUUAAAGUAGAUGUUGCCGACGUCAACGACAACCCUCCUCGAUUCGAGCAGACCUCGUAUACUGUUUACAUCAGCGAGAACAAUGCGGUUGGUUCGCCGCUGUGUACCGUCAAAGCCACGGAUGCAGACGCAGCAGAAAAUGCACGCAUCACCUAUACUGUCCUCAAUGACAACAAUCACGGCAUCCCUGUGGCGAGCUACGUCGGCAUCAAAUCCCACACAGGUGAGGCCUACGCCCUGCGAACUUUUGACUUUGAAAAGCUGAGAGAGUUUCACUUUCAGGUGAAAGCGCAGGACAAUGGCAUGCCCCCGCUAAGCCGCGUGGCCACGGUGUAUGUUUAUAUUAUGGAUCAGAACGACCACGAGCCAAGGAUAGUGUACCCACCUGCCAACGGGAGCCGUACCACAGAGACAUUACUGAAAAAUGCUGAGCCUGGAGUAUUGGUAACAAAGGUGGUGGCGUGGGAUGGGGACGCAGGGCAGAACGCUUGGCUGCUGUAUACCUUUCAGCCGCCCGACGUGGAGUUUGACCUCUUCAAGGUGCACGAGCACACUGGUGAGAUCCGCACCACGAGGCGAGUCAUUGAGGAGAACUCUACGUCCUUUGCGCUGACUGUUCUGGUGCGUGAUAAUGGCCUGCCUCCGCUCUCAUCCACCGCAACUGUCCACGUGCAUGUGAUGGAGCUCAUGCCUAAAUUGACCCCUGACCCGAAGCGUAUCAUCAGGCCCGAAAGCCCCUUGAUGUUUUCCCAUGUCACUAUCUACCUCAUCAUCGCCCUGUGUGCCACCACCUUUGUGUUCUUGGUCACUGUCUGUGUGCUGGCCAUCGUGCGUUGCCAUGCCUACUGCACCCAGCCUGGUUCCUGCUCCCCAUGCUGUGUGUCCAAGAAGAAUCUGCCUGAGGCUAGCAGCACCGCAGCUGCCGGUGGAGUCGCAGGACGACCCGCAUCAGGGGGAAGCCAGCCAAGUGCCAACGUGGCCCUGCGCCGAGAUCUUAAAGUCGAACCGCAUUACAUUGAAGUGCGGGCCAAUGGGUCGGUCACCAAAACGUACUGUUACAAAACGUGCCUGACAGCGACUUCUGGAAGUGACACGUUUAUGUUCUACAACACGGGACGACCCCACAGUGGCACCUGGGGCUCGGGCUAUGUCACCAGCCACAGCGGACACAGCCAGAUAAUUGUUCGCCGUCUCAGUAUGCCAGAUGCGACUGCCAUUCAGCCUAAGGCGCCACAUUCUGACUGGAGAUAUUCAGCCUCCCUGAGAGCAGGUGGUGUCAUGCAGAGCUCAGUACAUAUGGAGGAGUCCUCAGUGAUGCAGGGAGCCCAAGGAGUUCUGGUCCAGAACUGGCCCACAGCAUCAAGCGCUGCUGAUGCUGAAGGGGGAGAGGUGUCGCCCCCAAUGGGUGCCGGAGUUGACAGCAACAGCUGGCACUUUCGCUAUGGCCCCGGGGGUCCCGGUGCACCCCCGCAGCACCUGAAGGCCGGCGAGGUUCCCCCAGAGGCGUUCAUCAUCCCUGGCUCCCCCGCCAUAAUUUCCAUCAGACAGAACCAGGGAGGAGACGACGAUAAGAGCGACUUUAUCACCUUCGGAAAGAAGGAGGAGGCCAAGAAGAAGAAAAAGAAGAAGAAGGACAAGAAGGACAAAAAGGAUAAAGGGAAAGAUGAUGACGAGUAAAGAAGCGAGAAGUGAAAAUUGGCAAAGAAAAAAAAAAGGGUGUUGUUAAAACAGAGGUACCAACCAAAGUCCACUGGGUUUAUUUUUAACCUGGCCUUUACCUUCAGUCACCUGCUGAGGUAAAUUAUUGAUCUUGCCUUGAUAAAUAAAAGAUUGAUUUUCAUCCAUGCCCCCAUGUGCCUACAACCCGGAGUCAACAACCAUGUGCGAAAAAAAAAAACAACACAGGACCAGUCUUUAUCCUCAUCCUAAUUGUUUUCCCUCCCCUCCUUUAACCCAUUGGGCAUGUUGGCACCUCUGUCUUACCCCCUUUCUCAACGAUGACGAAUCAUUCUAAGCGAGAGAGGACAAAUACUUUGUACAAGCUCUCUGCCAGCCAAGGAAAAGAAGUCAGAUGUGUGGAAUCUGGGGCUGGACAUACACAUAUAAAACACGUACACGCAACAUAUAUACAAACAACUUGUAAAUAGCACAGGGGAGUCACCGAAAGAAAGGCUAACAGUCACAACAAAACUGCUGCAGUCUCCUUCCUACCAACAGUGUUUUCCUGUGAUCUCAAAGAAUCCACAUGCAUGCAUGCUCACACAAACAUGCUAACACACACUUUGCCGUGUGGACACUGACAGCGCUUGAGAAAAAGCUGAACAAAAAAAAGACCACGGACGAGAAAAAUCAUGUGCUGAAAAGUAGCCACAGCAAGCUUUUAGUCACCUGUGGGGUAUCAACUCUCAGGAUGGAAGGAGCAUCCUCUUGCGAUCACUCUGAAUUUGCUUACUGCUUUUAAUGGACCAUGAGUGCUGCUGCUCCAGCUGGAAGCCCAAGGCAACGAGCGCAGCCAAGUUGGAGAGAUGGGGAAGAUACGUCACACUCUCCUGAAGAUCACCGAGGGGAAGAGUCCACCUAUCAAUCGGUGGACUCUGAAGCAAACAAGCAGAAUAUUAUUCAUAGAAGCUUGAGAUUUUGCUAACACCCCUUCUUAUGUCCCCAUGCUGCAGCGAAAGCUGAACGCUUUCUGCUUUGAAUGUUUGGUAGCAACCAGUCCUUACCUGAUACCUUUUCCACUUCUCACCUGCUUGUGCUCCCCCCCAUGCUACCACAAACUAUGUCCCCAACCCCACUGACUGCCUCUUCGCGUCAAGAUGAAGUAAACCUACUUUCCUUAAUUCUCUCAAGAGAUUCACAGUACAUGUUUUUGCCAUUUUAUGUAGAGACCACACCUACUCACCCACCUUCCCAUCCUCCUGCGAUUCUUGCAUGUCCGCCCCCUCAGACAUGACCCCUCACACCCUGCUCAGGACCCAUCCUGGGAAAAUGGCCUGCUCUGAACAUUGUGGUGUGCUGACAACAGCAUGGAGUAAUGUGGAUGUGGCCCAUCAGGGGGAAGAGGGGCGGCUGGCGUACACCUUGAAAUCUUGUCUCUCAAAGUGCAAAACGGUUCAGUGCUUUUAUCAUGUGAAUACUACACUAUGCUGUUCACUUCCUGUUUGUCGCUGCUGUUGUGAGACGGGAUGAGGUGGGAUGGAGAUAAGUCGCAGGGGCAAAGGACCGGAAAGGAAGCGAGGAGGCGGGUGCCUUGGGCUGGCCCUCCCCCCUUCAAGUUUGCAAAUAAAUUGAUUGUUUCUGAUCAUGGAGUCGCAUACUAUCUUAUAUGUAUGCUGUAAAUGUAGCGUUUGAUUGAUUGUCUCGACACUAGUAAUUGAGCCUGCUAAAAUUUUGGGAAAAUGGCAUCCGGGGCUUCCCUGUUAACAGCUAAAUCCCACCAAUCCUCUCAUGAAGCAAUGAGUAUGAGGCUGAAACAUGCUUCUAUGCUUCUGUUGGUCCCCCUCCCCUGCCUGUAACUCAUGACCCCCCCCCCCCCCCAAGUUUUGCGAUGUCACUCCAUUAAGUGGCUGCUGCAUGUACUGCUCUACGGAAACACAUACUAUAUAGAGAAAUAUAUAUAUAAAUAGAUAGCAGUGAUUUUAUUUUUUUUGACAUUAUUUCUUUUUCCUCGUCAUUACUCACACAGGAAAUAUUUGUAUGUACUUCUCUUGUCUCUGCCACACAUCUACGUAUUACAAUCGUCACACUCUGCAGAUGUGUUAUGGCUUCCACUAAACCUCUUUCAAUAUUUGUAAUGCUUAUAGUGUGAUUAUAUAUGUUUUUAUUGCAUUUU